UAAAGGCGCGGCACGUUUAUCAAGUAAAGCUAGUUGAUGUGGUGCAGGAGAUGAUAAAUAUUCAGUAAAAUAAUUUCUCCCAAUUCGAAGAUUUUCUAACAGCCCGAGCAGGAAUCGGUUUCACAGAACGCUGAAAUCGAACCGUCCCUUUUUAAAAACUAGAAGGCGUCGUUGGGUUAUAGUGCUAACUGCCUUUCGGAUCUGUGAACGAGACUUGCAGCAAUUCCUCCUUUGGGUGGGCAGCUGUUGACAUGAAGAUCGAGUUUGCACCUAUUAAUAUCCCUCUGAGGAGAAGGAUUCAAACGUUUGCUGUUCUCCAGUGGAUCUUUACCUUUUUGUUCUUAGGUCAAUGCUGCCUGAUUGUCCUUCUGUUGCUCAUAUUUGCUGGUUACUGGUAUAUUGCUGCAGUUUACUCUGUUUGGUUGUAUCUUGACUGGGAAACACCAAAUCAGGGUGGAAGAAGGUCAGAGUGGGUCAGAAAAUGGACUAUCUGGAGUUACUUCCGGGACUACUUCCCUAUUCACCUUGUGAAAACAGCUGAUCUGGAUCCACAGUACAACUAUCUCUUUGGAUUUCAUCCUCAUGGAGUGCUUGUUGCUGGAGCUUUUGGAAACUUUUGCACUGAGACUACAGGCUUUCAGAAGUUGUUUCCAGGUUUGACAUCAUACCUGUGCAUACUGCCAAUGUGGUUCAAGCUUCCUAUUUACAGGGAUUACAUCAUGUGUGCAGGUCUUGUCUCAUGUGUAAAGAGCAGUGUUUCUCACAUUCUAAGCAGGAGGGGAGGUGGGAAUGUGGUUGUCAUUGUAAUAGGUGGUGCUGAAGAAUCUCUGGAUGCCAGGCCUGGAGCACUAACUUUGAAAACCCUUAACAGAAAAGGAUUCAUUAAAUUGGCUAUAAAAUGUGGGGCACAUCUGGUCCCAGUCUUUUCCUUUGGGGAAAAUGAACUCUUUAAUCAGGUAAACAAUCCAAAAGGGUCUUUUCUUCGGGCAACACAGGAGCAAUUACGGAAGAUCAUGGGAUUUACAAUGCCAUUGUUUCAUGCUAGGGGCGUCUUCCAGUACAGUUUUGGGCUGCUACCAUACAGGAAACCUAUUUACACCAUAGUGGGAAAACCAAUCAAUGUACAGCAAAAUCAUACCCCUUCAAGUGAAGAGAUUGAAGCACUACAUACAAAGUAUAUUGAGGCAUUAAAUAAAUUAUUUGAAGAACACAAAGCUCAGUAUGGAAUUCCAGAAAAAGACCGUCUACUUUUCAGUUGACUUUUAGCUUUGAACACCUGAAUUCACACACACAAUAUAGUCAUUGUGGGGGUAAUAUUAAUUUUGGAAGAUAUGUAUUUAGGUGUAGAUGAAUCCUUGAAAAUGGUUUGAUUUUUGGACCCUUUUUUAUUCUGAUAUUUGCAAAGUUGGUCUAUAAUGUUUAAACAGCUCGACUUCAGCUGAUAAGUACCAGUAUAGAAACACUGAUGUAAUGUCUGGGUAUGCAGAACAUUUGAUGAUCUGCACUUUACAAUUAGUAGUAAAAGAGAUAUUUCUUUAUAAAAUCAAUCCUUUUGAAUUGGGCAUAUACUAAUUGACCCUACUACUUGCACUACUCCAUCAGCUGAAAUGGAGAUUUAAAAAGCUCUUCCAGAGAGCCUUGUAUAAUGGAAUUAUUCUAGAAUCAGAUUGCCUCAAAAUACUAAUUAUAAUUAAAGAGAAGUACUUAUUAUUACCAAAGUGCUUCUUUAAAAUCCCCUGAGGUACAAACAAAAGAAAGUGUACCAAAACAUUGAUCACAUGGCUGUAAAUACCAUGAAACGUUUUAACAAUUGUAAAAACAAAAUCCCUAUAUUUUUAUCAAGCAACCCCUUACUUAUAAUACAACCAUUAAAGUAUCUUGAUAAAAGAAUAUAUAAGUGUAAAUUAUAGUUUCUGACUGUUACCUUUUACAUCUGGAAAUUACAAUCCAAAGAUCUGGCUUAUAUUCUCAAAUGUAUCAUCUUAGUGUUAAUGACUCAUGUUUAUUUGUUCAUGUUUUUUUUAAAGAAAAUUAGCUAUUUUGAAAAAAGGGUAGGGGAGAGGAAAGGAGAGCAUAGAUACAUAUUUGCAUCUAAUGAAUUAUGAGUUUAAAAACAACACGUGUCUUUAAUAUCACAUGUUUGUAUUGCUUUUUUAUUCUAAGAACAUUUAACUAUUUCUGUAAAGUACCCAAUCUGGUUAAGUCCUGUAAUGAAACAAAACCUGAGACCAUCUCAUUUAAUAGGUCUGCUGUGUGUCUUUUUUCCAAUUAAACCAAAAAAAAAGUUAAAA